UGCUGGCAUCUGCAUCCCUGGGCAUUGAGGUCUGAAACUCGUCCCUGGCAAGGGCCCUACCCCCUUGGAGGAAAUGGCUGAACAGCCCGCGCAACAGCACAUGAAAACUUCCUUCCUCUUCAUCCAGCUGCAGGCCCCCCUUGCCCGAGCUCUCCCCUCCCAGUCUCCAGCCUCUGCAGCCUGGACAGCAGCCCCAGGGGGCCCGGAGGAGGGACACAUUUUCCCAAGUCCCAGGACUGGCUUCUUGGCAGGCUGGGACCUCAGGCACAAACAGAGCUGGGCAGCUCCUCCCUCCCUCUUGCUGAAGAAGGGGGGCUCUGGGACAGAGGAACCAGCUGCUUUCAGUUGCUCUGCUCUGAAGGAGGAGGAGAGAGAGGAAAAACCCCAGGAUCUGGAUUUAAGAAGGGGUGGUGUCUGCAGAUCCCCACAUGACAGGCUUUCCCUCGCCCCUGCCUCCAGGAAAUUUGGACGACUACAGCCCCUGUCAUGCAGACUUCCUAUCCCAGAUCCCAUUAUGAGCAAUGAAAGCAGCAGUCCCUCCACGGGCUGGAAGCACCGGCCAGUCAUCACUGCCCCUCUGGACCAGUGGAGCAUGGACCCCCAGUCUCGGGAUGCUUUGGGAUGUUCAAUUCCACAGACCACCCUGACUCAUGCUACUGACGGGGGUGAAAGUGCUAUGCUGAGGAGAGGUGUUGCCACCUGCCAGGUUCUCCCCAAGAACUGUGAAGAGGGCAGCACCACCACUGUGCGAGCUAGGAGAGCAAGGCUCUACAGAUACUGUCCGCCCAUUCAGACCAGCAAGAGCUUCCCGGCCCUGUCUGCUGCUCUGCCUCUCAAGCAACUCACUGGGACCCCCGAGCAACAGUAUUCAAAAAUUAAGAACAACAAAAAUCGCAAACAUAAGCCACAUUCCUUGAACUGGGGCGGGGCCCUCCUGAGGGGGAAUGGACCUUUAAUGGGUUGGCAGAUGGGCAGGUCGCCGGGACUCUGGCGGCUGCUGGUCGCCCUAGGAGCCCCCUCAGUGGCAAGCAAACCACAAUACAGACUUGAGAGGCCUCCGCCCGGCGUCCCCGCCGCCCGGGACCCUGGGGUCGAGGGUGGAGGUGGUGGUGGGGGCUCGUAA